UUGUUCUGAAAAAAAAAAAUCAUUACCCUGUUGAUCUGUAAUAGCUAACAGAAAUAUUAUAUGGGUAAAUAAUAAGCGUGUUUGAUUUUAGGGUGGGACUGGGACUGGGAGUCGGAGACUGUCUCAGCUGAAAAUUUUGCGGCGGAGGCGUAAUGUCCCCAUUGCCAUGCCGGUAACCUUUCCCUGUAAAACCCUAACGUGAAUGGCGGACGAAAACAUAAGCGAGCGAGAGAGACACCAGAUCGAGCAGAUUUUGGAGCUCGAUCUCGAGGAGUUGCUCGUCGAAGAGGUCGAUGACCUUCACGAUUCAUCCGACGAAGAUCGUCACGCUAUUGGUCGAGGUUAUGAUGGCGCUGUCACAUCUGGUGGGUUCACCUUUAAUACAUGUUUGGCUUCGUUACACACAUAUCUUGGCGAUGUCGAAGACACACACAAUAGGGUUGCCUUUUUGGAGGGUGGUGCUAUCUUUAACCUUCCAAUCUUCUAUCUUGAAGGAGUCGUUUUGUUCCCUGAAGCAACCCUUCCUCUCAGAGUUAUUGAAGGCAAUUUUGUAGCUGCUAUUGAGAGAGCUUUAACACAAGUUGAUGUACCCUUUACAAUUGGUGUGGUAAGAGCUAACAGAAAUCGUGAUACUGGAAGAACAAAGUUUUCAACUGUUGGGACUACUGCAGAGAUUCGACAGUACCGGAGAUUAGAGGAUGGUUCAUUGAAUGUUGUCACUCGUGGGCAGCGCAGAUUCCGUUUGAGACGCCGUUUCAUAGAUUCAGAAGGAGUGCCUUGUGGUGAAAUCCAAAUCAUUGAGGAAGACUUACCAUUGAGGACCCCACGGGAUGCUUUGGGAGAUCGACUGCCAUUAAAUGCUUCUCAUGUUAAGCUGGACAGAUCUAUGGAUGGUGAGGGUUCAGAGGAGAAUUCUGAUGAAAGCUUUGAAAGUUCCCUGUCACUGACAGAAAGGAGAAUCCACCAGUCUGCAAUUAUUUCUUCUUCUAUAUAUGACUCAAUGGAUGAAUCAUCCAGUAGCGAUGAUGACAAGUCAGACCUUCAACUUCAAAGAGCUGAUCACAACUCUGAUUCUAGUGAGUCAUUACAUUCAGAACCUGAGAAUGGAGAUUCUGGCUUGGGAAAAAUUUCCAUGUUAAGAACACAUUCACAGAGACAGGAACAACACAUUAGUUGUUUGAGAAAUAGCAACGUUAAUCAGUUGCGGAGAGUUCCAAGAACAUUCUGGCCAUUUUGGGUUUAUCGCAUGUAUGAUUCUUAUUGUCUUGCUCAAAAGGCUUCAGAUAUGUGGAAACAAAUAGUUGGAGCACCAAGUCUGGAAGGCCUCGUGAAGAAGCCUGAUCUUUUGUCAUUUUACAUUGGGAGUAAAAUUCCAGUGUCUGAAUCUACAAGGCAAGAGCUUUUGGAGAUUGAUGGCAUAUCAUAUAGGCUGCGCCGGGAAAUUGAGCUACUUGAGAGUGUUAAUCUCAUUAGAUGUAGAAACUGUCAGACUGUAAUUGCAAGGCGAAGUGAUAUGCUGGUGAUGUCUAGUGAUGGUCCUCUUGGUGCUUAUGUAAAUCCACAUGGUUUUGUGCAUGAGGUCAUUACUCUCUACAGAGCAAAUGACUUGGCACUUAUGGGACCGGCAGUGAGAGAAUACAGUUGGUUUCCUGGGUAUGCAUGGACAAUAACAAACUGUGCUUCUUGUGAAACCCAGAUGGGGUGGCUCUUUACAGCGACAAACAAGAAUUUGAAGCCUAGGCUGUUUUGGGGUAUUCGAAGUUCCCAAGUUUCUGAUAAUAUGCGAUAAUCCAUUUUGUGAAUGAUAUCUGAAUGUAUAUCUACUUUUGUGAAUACACCCUUGUUUAGCAAUUAGCAUUCAACAUUGAAAUUGUGCUCAUAUACAAUAGAGUUUUAAACAGUAAUCAUCAAGCGGACGUACUUGGGAUAGAAUUUUAGCCAUGCUAAUCCUUUGACGUUAGAACUUCAGAUAAAUAACACUUUAACAUGUAAUUCUUUUUCAUUUGUUUAUCUAGUGAAUAUUCUUCGAA